UGCCUUGCUUUAAGUCAAAGAUCAGUUUAGAUGUUAAAACAGACUUUCACGAGGAGCUCACAAAGACAUGCAAUUACUACUCAUUAUUUAUUUGAAGGGCAAUAUGGUUGCAAGGUGAAGUGGGUCACAGCAAACAAAAGUGCAUCUGGAUUUUCAGAGGGGAAAGGUUUUUUAAAAAUAAAGCUAUACUUAUUUCAAGGCAGUAUUAGCCAGUAUUAGCAACUAGAUUCCCAUAGCAAUCUGUUCCCAACCUGGUUCUUUAAAUUUUCCAAAGGUGAUUGUGACAACUAUUUUUGCUUCUUACCUAAGAAUGACAGAAAAGUGUCUUCAAUUUUCAGCCCACAUGAAAGAAUUCUAAAGAAAGUUUGACACUGUUGUCCACCUUUGUCAAAAUAAUGAAACACAAGAUAGUUUAAUCUAUUUCCUCUGCACAAUUCAUAAUGGCAAUGUUGUAAUCCUCUCCCUAUCUGCUGAAUGAGAAAAGUCUGUGUCUUCCUUUUCAAAUGAAUAAAACUUCCCAAUUCAAACUUCUGUAUUUGAAAGUAGGUCCCUGUGUGCCAGAGUAAGUACUACAAACUUCCCUCAGCUGUUAAUCUCAAACUUCUUUUAACUGCAUUUCCUACUAUCCCCAGCUGCUCUCUAGGCACCAGCACAAAAGUUGGAAGUCAGUAGUAGUACUUCUGUGCUAAAAAGAUGCAUCUUAUUUUUUUCAGCAUUCAUUUUUACAUUAUCUUGUUACUACUUAUAAUUCUCAAACAAAUACAAAAAAUGUUCAUUCAGCAGAUAGGGAGAGGAUUCUAACUUACAAACACUGGAAGCAAUUUAAAACACAAUUUAUAAAGUUCCAUUGUUCAGGUAUUUUACUUCAUGUAUUCUGAAAUAGUAAAUAUAUAUGUAAAGAAAAUUUUCCACACCUUUCUUUUGAACUUUCAGCAAGUGUCCCCACUACCUUGGGGAAACUACUUUGCCUGGAUUUUCUAUCAUGUACAGAUAUACCUAAUAAAGAAGACACCAAGAAUUCAAAUCACAUUUCUAGUGGGUAGAUGCAAGAAAUUUAAGACAUUCAAUGUUAAAUUUAAAGCACGCAUAAAUAGGCAAAAAUUGAAAAUGUGUCGUUUUAAGCAGACAAGCUACCUGAUCCCGAAACCAUUUCACGCGUUAUUUUGUUAGCCUUUUGUUAGAACAACGUUUUAUAACACGCGGAGGCGUAAAGCAACCAUCUACAAAUCCCAGCAAAGUUUUUCAUAUACAGGCGUUGCAGAGAUGGAAACCGCGGGAAUAGAGAAGGCAUUCUUGCCGCCGCCGCUUCAUUUCGCCAGCGCGGGAACAAAGUGAGUCGGAGCAAUCCCUUCGCGUUCCCGCUCGGCGCCCUCUUCUUUUCUCGGGCUGCAAUUCCAGCAUACCGGCCACAGCAGGAAGAGCAGCGGCGGCGAGCGUCGUUUCUCGUGUCCUGAAGCCGAUCGGGCCUCAGUCAAUUGCAGCAGGGUGGGAGGGGCAGCCUGGGAAAGCCACAGCCCGACAUGGGUCUUCGGCAAGGCAGUUCGCAGCCCUCGCUGCCAACUUGGCCGCAGCGCGCCGCAGCUCUCCAGGCUCCAAGCCGCUCUCCCGCCUCUCGCAGCGGAAAUUGAGGGGAGGACCGGGUGGGGGGGUGGCCGCCGCCACAGCUGCCCUCCUCCUGCGAGCGGGAAGGGGGAGUUGUCCCACUCUACUCGGUCCGUUCAGCCGACACCCCCCCCCCACUCCGCCCCGGCUGGCCGCUCCUUUACGCGCCAGGCCCCGAGCGCAGCCCGGCGUCCCCUCCUUUCCCACUCGUAUGAUGGACAGGAACUACCCACCAGCCCCUAGCUACCCUGAUCCAUUGAGUUCGGCCGCCGCUGCAACGUCUUCGCAACCCGCUACCGUCUGGGCCUAUGAACGGGGCGUCAGCAGCCUCAAGCCCAGUUUAAACUAUGGAGGUGGACAUUCAUCACACUCUGAAGCGGAUCUUCUUAGACAAACAUAUACAGCUUCUCAGCAGCUUCCUGUGUACACUACCACACCCCAUCCUUCUGGUCUUCCUGGAAUUUUUGAUAAUACUACGCACAGUAGCAAUAGCAACACUAAAGAAACAUCAGUCAUGAAUUUUCUCUCUGCAAUUGAAUCUCGCAAUACUCCGACUGUUUCUUCGGGAACAACUCUUUUACCACAAUUUAGAGCACCCACAUGGCAACCAGCAGGCAUGCAUUCAUCAUCUGAGCUUUUUGUUACUGGAACCCUGCCAACAUCUGGAACCUUUCCACCAACCUCAGUUUAUCAACAUCCCAAUGCUUUUAGCAGUAGAAACUUUGCUACUACUCCUUUAACACUUCAGGACACAACUUUUAGUGCAACCUCAAAUGGGCUUCUAACUGCUCAUGACCCUUUAUUGCAAAUCAAGACACCCCAAGGCACAGUUCCCCCUGCACUGACUUUUGAUCGUCUGGGCAGUUAUGUAUUAAGUACCAGCAUACCACCACAGUCUUCAACAUAUCGUUCUGCUCAAGAGUCUGCACCACAUCUCUUACAGCCACAGUUCAGUCUAUUGCCUUCGUCACUUGGUGGAGGAGCUCAGCAGACUCCACAGUUGUAUAACUCAACUCUGUUUACUGGUUCUACUGCCUCCAUUGAAAGAGCACUGCAGCGUGAAUGUAGUGUAAUUAAACACCAUCAGCGGCCUUCAAACACACAGUCUGUUCAGGCACAACUGACUGGUUCACAGCAUUCCCUACAGAACUAUUUAUCAAGUUCAAAUGAAUCUGAUUUUCAGGAUGCACCCCGCCAAUCAACUUGUAGCCCAGCUGGCGAUGCUACUCAGGUGAGCAAUAGUGGUCCACAGCAGAAAACCUCUCAGGUUUCAGUGGAACUUGCUCAGUCGUAUGCAUCAGCAGUUCCGUCACCAGGUUUCCCAUCUGUUUCCACUACAAAGGCAAAACAGUGUUCUACAAAGCAACCAACGAGGUCAACAAAGACACCUAAACCACAAAGUGUAGCCCCUUCUGUACAGACACAAAGUUAUUCCAAAAUUGCACAGAACCAGAACUCUGUAAUAGCUGGUCAAGCACAAAUCUAUUCUACGGCACAGCUCCCUAGUCUCCUGUCAGUAAGUCAGUCACAAAAUUAUAUUUCAACACAGUCACAGAAUGUGCCACCUGUUAGUCAUGCACAAGUAUUCUCAGCCAUCAAGAUUGAGAAAUUACCAUCAUUAUACAAAACACUUUCUUUUGCUGGGCAAUCAGAAGCUACUACGUCCGAAAGCCAGGCGCUACCAUACACAUCUGAUCAACAGGUAUUAACAUCAGUUUCAAAUACCUUCUCUGGGCAAACGAGGAAUCUUUCUUCGAGCAGCCAGUCUGAAAAUUAUUCUUCUAGUCAUUCUCAGGGUAUGUCAACAGCCAGCCAGCCACAGAUUAGCUAUUCAUCUCAGUCACAGGUCUUGUCAGUUGUUAGUCCUUCAGAAACAUUUUCUUCUCAUAUUCGAAACUUAUCAACUACAAGUCCUCCCCAGAACUAUAUUUCAUUGCAUUCUCAGGUACAAGAAUCAUCCUCUCCACAAUCUCAAAAUUUUUUGCCAGUUGUACAGUCAACUCCUUUUGAAGUAACACCUAAUUCACCAGCAUUGCAGAACAACGGAUCUUCCUCGGAUACAAAGUCAUACAUUAAAAGGAAAUCUGAUCCUAAUUUGUAUCAAACAUCUAAACAAGAUGAUCAGUUCCCAAUGCAUAAUUUUCAGGCACUGCAGCAACAAGCAUCUCUUGAUUCCUCUCCUCAGAGACUUACUGAUGGUGAGAUUAAUGCUCAGGAUACAACUUACAAAGUUUCAAAAGCGGAUAAUCGUUACUCUCAAAGUGUAAUAAGAAGUAACUCUCGUCUUGAAGAUCAAAUUGUUGGGCUUACUUUUCAAGGGUCAAAAAAAGAGGAAACCAUGGUUAACUCUGUAACACAAAUUAGCCAUAUUACCAAUACCGUGAACCAUGAUAUUAAAAAAGCAAGUAGUUUACUGUCAACAGCACAAGUAAAUACAGACAGUAAAGAACUUAGUCAGCAAGAGUCUCUUAUGCACAAGGUACAUGAAGUUAAAGUCUCAGAGCAACAGAUUCAUUCUGUUAGUUCACCAUCUCAGCUUCAUACUCAGCCCAUAAGACACAGCCAUCAGCUAUGCUUGCCUACUUCACAGGUACUUCUGGAAUCCCCCUGUGAUUUGCAAAUGCUUCAGCAGUCAAUAUUGCAAUCUGGUUUAGGAUACACAAAAAGUGUUCCACAAGUGCAACACAUUAUGAAUUCUCAACAGUAUCUACAAGUGGAUGGUCAUAUGAUUCAAAGUAGUGGAAGGCAUUCUCAGGAGCAGCUUCAUUCGCAACACUCUGAAGUUUUGAAAGUUAACCUUUCUGAACCAUCAAAGCCAUUACAACAUCAUUUGACACCCAAAGAUCAUUUUGGACAUCCAAAUCAUGAAUCUAAGAAUCAAUUUGUUCCCCUUAGUUCUGUAUGUUUUCCAGAAUCUGUACUUCUCAAUGAUGAAAGGAAUAUAUUGUCUAAUGUAGAUGAUAUCUUGGCAGCCACAGCUGCAGCUUGUGGAGUAACACCAUCUGAAUUUGCAAAAUCAACAGCCAAUGACGAAGAAAUUCAGUCAGUUGAAAAUGGAGGUAGCCCUAAAUCUCAGUUUCAUACAAUAGAUGUCAGACAUGUGACUCCUAGCUUCAACUCAUCCCCUGCACUUUCUGGAAAGCCACUUAGUGUGAAUAAUAUUUCUUUAAAUGGAGGUCAUGUUACCCUAAAUUUAACAGCAGUGCCUGCAGAACAAACAAAGGAUAGGAACCUUGACCAACAACACAUUGAGAUUUCCGCCCAAGGUAUUCCUACUAGAAUUACAACAGUUGAAAUUGAAAGAAGUCAGGAACAGGUUUCUAGUCAAGUUAAGCAACAGUCCAGCACCAAGAAUGAGUCUGAAGUGAAAAACAAUGUUCAUAUGGAUGGAACAUUACAUAUUAAAGAUAUAGACCUUAUUUCAGGUAGUAGGACUCUAAAUGAAGAGGUUGCAGUGUCAAAAACAGAUUAUAGCAUGGCAAGUGACAAUGCUGAAAUUGCACUGCAACAAAUAUCUACGCAGCAUCCAAGAAAUGAAAACGGUAGUAAUACUGAAGACAGGAUCCAACUUUUAUCAGAAGAGGACCCUCAAAAGCAAAAGGACAGAGGACAGAAUCAAAUUAAAAAUGUCAGUGAAAUUGAUACAAAUCAGAAGCAAUUGAAACGAAGUGGGCAGUGCAAACGUCAAAAUUCAAGAGGCAUUGAUGUUAACUCUUCUGUUCCUGAAAACUGUCAUGAAACUUAUCAACAUCAAGAAAAAAUGAGGCAGAAAAUUAAAGAGGUGGAAGAAAAGCAGCCAGAAGUAAGAACAGGAUUUAUUGCAUCUUUUUUAGAUUUCUUAAAAUCUGGACCCAGACAGCAGUUUUCAGCACCUGCUGUCCGUGUUCCUAAUCGUGUAAGAAGACCUGUCACCCCACUUAUUAGAGCCCCUUGUCAGUUGCCAAUCCCAAAAGCGCAGAUAGCAACAGCUACUUCAUCCUUUGAUGGCUCUGCUGAAAAUUCAGUUAAGAACAAUUAUGAAGAUCCUAAAAUAAAGUCAGAAGCCCUGCCUUUUUUUUCUUUUGAUAAAGAUAAUGUGAGGAACAAUCAAAAGAGCAUAUAUUCUCCAUUAUCAACAUCUGAUACAAAGACAAAGUCAGAAAUUGACAAAGCAUAUUCUCAAGCCAUCACUAAUGAUGUUGUAAAGAAGGAAGCUUCCCAAAUGACUGUUACGGUGGCAGAUGCUCGGGUGAAAACCUGUGUAGCGCAAGGUGAAAUGGAGAGUGUUCUUACAGACCAGUUAGCAAAACCACAAGCAUUGGUUGCAAUAGAAGGAUAUACUGAAGAUGACCAUGGAGACAGUGAUGGCGAAGGCAUAUACAGAGAGCGUGAUGAAUUUGUAGUGAAGAUUGAAGAUAUAGAACCACUAAAGGCUGCUUUAAAAAGAGGAGUGGAGCCUCCAUCCAUCUGGAAAGUUCAAAAGGCUUUGCUGCAAAAGUUUGUACCCGAAGUACGAGAUGGACAAAGAGAAUUUGCAGCUACUAAUAGUUAUCUUGGAUAUUUUGGAGAUGCAAAAUUGAAGUAUAAACGAGUAUAUGUGAAGUUCAUAGAAAAUGCAAACAAAAAAGAGUAUGUCAGAGUAUGUUCCAAGAAGCCAAAAAAUUCUCUUGUACAGCCUGCAAGAAUUGCUCACUGUAAGCCAAGCAUGAAUGUCACUAAAGUUCCUGAUCCUUCAGUGCCAAAAACUGUUACAACAAAAGUUAGUUCAGUGAAACCCAAAGCAAAACAGCCAAAGACAAAGGCUGAACCGCCACCCAAAAAACGCAAAACAUGGAAAGAAGAAUCACCCUCUACUCCUCAGCCGCAGAGUGAUGAGGAAGACACUGAACCACCAGUACCUAUUGUUGCUCGCUUUUUAAACACCAGAGCUAUGAAAGAAACAUUUAGGAAUUACAUGGAACUGCUUGUCAGCCUUGCCCUGGAUCCAGAUACUAUGCAGGCAUUGGAGAAGAGUAAUGAUGAGCUGCUUUUGCCUUAUAUGAGAAAAAUUGAUGGCAUGUUGAACGACAAUAGAAAAAGGCUGCUUUCCAAAUUACAUAUAGAGCGACCAUUCAAGGCUGCUUUGGAAUGUUUUCCUGAACUGACAGUAAUAACUCGAGAUUCUAAAGCAAAAACAGGGGUGAAUGCAGUUUCUAGAAUCAAGAUGAAUGGAAAAGCUUAUAAUAAGAAAACACUGAAAAUUUCCAAAGCAACCACAAAAUUAGCACAGGAAUUUACUAUAGAUCCAGAAAAAAUACCUUUGUGUUCUUUGUAUCAUUCACUCCAUCAUUACAAAUACCACAUGUUUCUCAGAUGCAAAGUAGAGAUUUCUUCUGUUCAAAAAAAGAAUGCAGAUCUAGGUCAAGAGGAAAUUGUACAGCAGUGCAUGAAAAAUAUAAAAUGGAUAGAAGAUCUCUUUGAGAAGUUUGGUGAACUUUUGAAUCAUGUUCAGCAGAAAUGUUCCUAACAAAUAUUGAUCCAAAUGUCACUUUUUUGUGUUCUAUUCUACUCAUCAAAAUAAAAGGCUGAUAGGCUGGUCAUGCCAAACUUUAUUCUAGGUCAAAAGAAAUCAUGGUGUUCUGGGUUCCUUGGAUUCUAAUAAGAAAGAAAAAAAUGCUGCCAAGCAAAUGGAACUACAAACAAACCUGCAUUUUUAACUUGGAGAAUAUUUUUUCCUAUUUUGUAAAUUCUUGUUUUGAAAUAACUUAGGUUUAUUUUUGACAAAUGAUCAAAGCAUGUACUUAAAUAUAUAUAUUUUGGCUAUGAUUAAAAUAACUUUUAAAAUAUCAUGCCAUUUUUUUUUUACUCUGAACACUAGGAAGAGUCACAGUGAUGGUAACUGUGACUGAGCUCAAGUAGAGUCUCGAACAUUUUGCAGAAAAAUCUUAAUAGGACAAGGAUUACUGUAUGUGAAUAAUCUCCAUCUACAUUCAAGAAUACCAUUCUCCUUUACGGACUCCAAUUAUGUUCAGGAAACUCAACAUGGAUUUGGUGCAAUUCUAUGACUGCUAUUUUGUGACAGAUUAUAUUAUAAUAAAAACAAUUACCUUAAUUAUUUUCCCUAGGUCUUGAAGAAAGACAUAUUUUUUCUUUACAUUUGUGUCCCUUAUUUUUCCCUUUUGGAAAGAAAUCAAUUGUACAUUUUAUUCCACAAAUAGUUGUAUUUUUCAGAGGAAAAAGUAUUGUGGCUUAAAAUUGUUUCAUGUACCCUUGUGAUACAUUUCCAAUUGUCUUCUUGUUCAUUUUAUAUAUUAAUUUCAUAUUGUAAAGUAUGUAUCUUGAGAUUAUCUUUGUUUAUACAGGUUUGCUUCAGUGUUAACCAUGAAUGAGACAUAUUAGACUUCAUAAGUUUACUUUAUGUAUGGUUAUAUUGACAGAUUGCAACUUAUUUUCUGAUAAAUGAAAGAUGAUUUUUGUCUUUAAACUGCUUGAUUAAUAGAACAUUUCCAUAAACAGCUACUACAUUGGUCUUCAGUAAAGUGAGGAUUAGCAAUUGACCAGACCAGUGUUGAAAACAAUUGAUUUUUUUUUUUAUUUUUUUUAUUUAGAAUUGGUAAUGGCAGAACUGUUUGUUUCUUGGUGCCUUUUCAGAGUCUCAGGCAUCUUUUGUAAAUGACUUUCUCUGAUUAAUUAUUUUUCAGUAGCAAUCAGUAGUCCCACUUAAGUUACAAAUGGGCUAUACUUGCAUCAAUAGGAAGUUUUUUUUAAUUUGCUAACAGAAUGCCUUACCUCAGCCAUUGAUUCAAUAUGUGCAGGACUUGUUAUUUAGAUUUUGUGAAACUGAAGAUCCUGUACAUCCAUCAAAUAAUAUAUAAAAACAAUUCAUUUCUCUUUUCACUGCCACUUAGUGCCUUAAUUUCAACCAAGAAAGCAGGUUUCCUCAUUCACAAGCUAAUCAGGAUAUUGUUAUAUGUAGCAUGAUGUAUUUUCUUUAGUUAUACACGUGUUCAUGCACCUUAGAUAUGUAAAAUG